AAAUCGACCAUGCUUGACCAAGCUUCAGCCAUUCUGGUGCACCAUUAAAAUUUGUUUAAUACAGUAAGUCUCACCUACAGUACCCAGCACAAUUAGUCAGUGCUUGCGAGGGAUCCAAUUUUUCAUCCACUGCUUCCACGUCUUGCAUUUUCCACUUGAAGUUUUGACAGGUAUCUCUGGCAUAGAUCUUUUUAAAACACCAUGAUGGAAAGCAUGGAAAACAAAACGCCCACUCACAUCUCAAUACCAUCACUCCUAUCACCUCUAUCGCCCCCUUCGUCGUCAGAUUCGUUUACAGCCCCAGCAAAAACAGAACCUGGGAAUCUAACACACCCAGAAAAGAAAUCUCUUUCUUUCAAGCUUGCCUAUGCAUCCGUCAUGGCAAGUGCAUUCAUAUCUACUAUGGAUACAGUUAUUGUCUUAACAGCCCUGCCUGCAAUCGCAUUAGAUUUAAAUGCGCAUUCAAAUUCUGCUUACUGGAUGGGUUCAGGAUUUCUUUUCGCACAGGCUGUGAGUCAACCACUAUACAGUAGUCUGUCGAUGGUUUUGGGGAGGAAGGAUUGCCUGGUUUUCGCAAUGGUCCUUUUUACUGUCUCUAUUUUGUCUUGUGCUUUGGCACAGAGCGCAAGAUGGUUGAUUAUUGCCCGUGUGGUAAGUGACAACUUGUUUUCAUUCUGAGCGAAUUUCCUUGCUUUACACAGCAUGCUUCGUUUGUCAGACAUAUUCCGGGGUGAACAUGGGAUAACAAAGCAGCAAGAAGGGAUGAAAUUAUGCAGCUUGUUGGAGACAUGACUCUGUAUACGCUUCCUAAAAUGCACCUGAUUUUUUCAUAUUAAUUAUGCGAAUUAUUUGGAAUGACAGGUUCUUGGAUUUUCCAACUAUUCCACUUGGCUGGAAAAAUUGGAAUGAUCGAUUCAUAAAUUCUCACCCAAAAGCUUCGAAAAGCGUAUGCAAAAUAAUGGCAAGGCCAUAUUCCCAAAGGAUGCGAGGAAGUAAAUUAACUUGCUAAUGAAAGCAUGACAUAGUUCCAAGGACUCGGCGCAGGAGGCAUCAACGUCACAGGCAGCAUAAUAAUUACAGAUAUGGUACCUCUUCGAGAAAGAGGAAAGUACAUCGGAAUUUUAUCGCUAGCCUCCGCGCUUGGGCUCGUAAGUGGCAUCUUGAUGGGAGCAGCAAUUGCCGGCAAAGCAACAUGGAGAUUGUAAGAAUGUCUACAAUUGAAGAAGUGUAGAUUUUAACAAGAACACAGGAUUUUCUACAUAAAUCUCCCUUUGUGUAUACCAGCUACAGCAGGUAUAUACUUCUUUCUCCACCUUUCGGCCGAACCUCUGUCAAUAAGGGAAAAACUGAAACGAAAGGAUUGGAUUGGAAUUACCGUGCUUACUGGCUCAUUGAUUUCACUCCUUUAUGGUGUCACCAGUGGAGGUGUACUCCAUGCUUGGAAUUCCGUCUCAGUAAUUUUAUAAGUAUUGUCAUUGGGGUUGUUGGGGUGACAUUGUUCGCUUUCUACGAACAGAAAUUCGCCAAAGAACCGAUGAUACCACUCAGGAUCUUCGCGAGUAGAACUGCUGGAGUAUCCUAUCUCUCCUCUUUUUGUUUAGGCUUUGUAUUAUGGGCUACGCAGUAUUAUUUGAUACAAUAUGUACGUAAGCUGCCGUGCCCCACAAUAGAAGCUUCGUCGUUGAUGAGAUGAAAACAGUUCCUCACCACUCAGGGACAUUCACUCGUAGGGGCUGGCGUUGCGAUCUUACCAGGGACAAUUGUCAUUCCAGUCAUGGCUGCAGCGGGUGGCAUAUUCAUCUCAAAGUUGCAAAAGUUCAGGACCAUCAAUUCGGUCUCAUGGAUAAUCGUAACCAUAGGAUUUUCCUUGAUGACCCAGCUCAAAAUAGAUUCCAACAAAGCCAUGCAAUUCGGAUUUCAAAUCAUAUGGGGCUUCGGUUCAGGCAUUGUAUGUUAAUGAGUUCCACCACCCAGAAAAUAUUACUAACGUAUUCAGCUUUUUCCUGGAAGACAAGUGGCUGUUCAAGCAGUACAAACCGAUGAAGAUGUUCCAAUGGUAAUUGUAUCGCAAUUCAAUCUCAAGCUUUUACUAAUCACAUCAAAGGCAACUGCAAUGACUUCAUUCAUAGCAAGCUUAGGACAGUCCUUUGGAGUUGGAAUUGGCGGUGUUGUCUUCCAGAAUCAGUGGAGCACGCAUGUUCAGAGUGCAAUAUCAGCAGGGACCAUUCCACCAGAGUACAAACUCUCAUAUCACCAGGCAGAGCAAGCUGCGGUUCUGAUCAAAAAUUUCCCUUCCACAGUCCAAAUCGUUUAUAGAGUAAUUAUGGCCGAUGUUAUAAAUACUCUUUUCAUUGUGCUUGCGGGGUUUUCGGCAGUGGCAUUUCUUGCAAGUUUGGCUUCCAAGAACCUGAGUCUGGAUAGAGAGACAAAAAGUGCACAGCAAUUUAGGGAAAGAGAAAAACCAGAGAGAGAGGACAAUUAGUUCU